AUGAGUAGUUCAAAAAAUUUACAUAGAAUUUUUAUGGAAACAUAUCAUAUAUCAGGUGUUCUUUCAUCUGAUCUUGAAUCUUGGGCCGAUGGCUUUGCAAGAUUAUUAUCUAGAAAUAAAGAACUAACGGAGCAAGAUAAAAAAAUUAUUCAAGAAUGGUCAAUUGAAUUUUUUGAGGGUCGAAAAGUGAGAGAUAAAGUUGGAAAACAAAUAGAAUGUUUAGAAUGUAAUUCAAUUAAAUAUUCAAACAUGUAUUGCGAAAAUUGCAUGAGAAAAGCACUUGAAAAUCAAUUUAAUAAAUGGACAUCAGGAAAUGAAAUUAUUGACAGUUUUAUUCAAACAUGUCAGUUAGAAACACCUUUUCCAAAUUGCAUCAUAGAAUGGAUACCAUUUGACUUGUUUGAAGAUGUAAAAUACUUAGCUGAAGGUGGAUUUGGUAAAGUUUAUACAGCUAUACGGACUAGAGGGCCGAUUAAUAACUGGGAUAAAGAAAAAAAUUGUUUUACCAGAUUUGGAGCUCCUGAUGUUGUAUUAAAAUCUUUUAAUAAUUCAGAAAAAAUCGGAAAAAGUUAUUUAAAAGAGGCUCAAAAUUAUAAUAAAUUGAUAAGAGGACAUUUCGCUUCUUGUUGCGGUAUAACAAAAAACCCAGAUAAUAAUAAGUAUAUGAUGGUCAUGAGGCAAAUCCAAGGUGGAAAUCUAAGAGAAUAUUUGAGGAAUAAUAAUUUAAUACUUAGUUUAAAACAAAAAAUUCGAUUUAUCAGUGAUAUAAGCAAUUGUAUUUGUGAAAUGCACAAGUUAAACUUAAUACACAAAGAUUUACAUAGUGGUAAUAUUUUAAUAUAUGAUGAUGUAGAGGCCUUUAUAACAGAUUUGGGAACGUCAUUAGCAAUUUGUGAUGGAGUAAGACCACCUAUUUUGCCACAUAUACCCGAAUCAUUCAUAAAAUUGAUUGAAAAAUGUUGGAACAAAAAUUCUUAUGAAAGACCAGAAAAACUCCGUUAUGCCAUUAAGGAAGAAUAUAAAAAGCUUCUUAUUAAUGAAGAAUAUCACAAUAAAAUAUUAAAUGUAUAUAACUUAAGAUCAUAUUCAAUUCCAGAAACAAAUAAAUAUGCAUUUCAUACAAGUAGAAUAUUGGAUGAAAUUUUAAAUGAACUACAUAAAACAAGAGAAUUUGAAAUCGAUAUUUUGUCUAAUGAUAUUACUUUUGAAGACAAAAGUAAUAAAAUAAUUUAUGCCGAACGAAGUGAUGAAUCUAUCUAG